AUGUUCCUGGACCUAGACAUUCACCCAACACAGCUGACGGUGCCUGUGCUCCAGGCGCCGCGGUUGGCGAGCGACGCGGAGCGUGAUGGGGACGCAACAGCUGCGGAUUUCAAGUGGCUCUCCCCGCCCCCGCCCAGCCCCCGCGCUGGUUGGGGGCGGCGCCCCCUGGCCAGGCUCUGGGUCCCGCCGGCUGGCGGGGAGGGGUCGGCUCAGGUAUCGCGGCCGCCGCCCGGGAGCGAGCGCUGGGCGCGGGACCGCCAAGGCAGAAUGGGGCGGCUCGGAGCCCGCCGCCUCGUCCUGCUCGCCGCCUGCCUGGGGCUCUGCGAGGCGCUCGGAGCAUCUUUUUAUGGUGAAAGCUAUGUGGAGCUCAGCAUCACAGAGGUUUCCUCGGAGUUAUCACUUCAGUUAACAUUUCAAACCAGCCAACCCCAGGGAUUACUUUUUCUUGCAGCUGGGAAAAGUGACUACUUUAUAAUAGAACUUCUGGCAGGAAACUUACGGGUGAGAGUGAAUUUGGGGGCAGGUGAACAAGUGCUCCUUUCUGAGCAAAGACUUCGUAUGGAUGACUUGGUGUGGCAUUUCGUGGAACUGUUCUGUGUGAAGGAUAGUAUCUCUCUGGUUAUUGACAAACAUUAUGAGAUGACUGGCCAGAUCACGGGUGGGAGGCACAGUUUACACUUUCAGCAUGGAAUCUACAUAGCAGGCCAUGGUGGACUUGAUGUUCCUUACCUAGAUGGAGAGCUCCCCAAUUUCCGUGGAUGUAUGGAGGAUGUGGUAUUUAACCAGAGGGAGAUCCUUACAUCCCUUAGAUCUUAUCCUGGUUUUAAGAAAGUUUAUGAGGUGUCACUCGGAUGCAGUGACGAAUUUUUUGCAGGAGAAGAUGAAGCCAUCAACUUCUUUAGCUCCAGAUCCUAUGUCGCCUUCCCAGAAUGGAAGAUGCCAGGGCACGGACUGUUGGAAUUCGCUUUGCAGACUGAAACUCAACAAGCCUUGCUUUUAUUUCAGUCAGGUCAAGAAGGAGAUUUUAUUGCUUUGGAAAUAGCAAAAGGCUUAUUGAAGGCCCAUGUAGGAAGGAAUAAGAACGAUACUGAGCUCUCUUCUUCUAGUUUAGUUAGUGACAACCGGUGGCACGUAAUUCAGUUCAAGUUCACCGAAAGGUAUUUGGACCUGAUGGUGGAUGAACAAGGAGUAAGGACAUUGCUGCCUUUGCAAAGCCAACCGUUUGUGUCUGAAGGCCCUCUCUUUGUGGGAGGUCUUGGCAACCACAAGGGAGAAGAAGUUAAGAGGUUACAACUUGCCUUUGUGCCUAGAAAAUCUGCUCGGGGACUCUCUUUCAAAGGGUGCAUAAGAGGCUUGGAAGCCAACUCAAAAAAGAGAGCAUUAAAGGAUGCCCUUCUUUCUAAAGAUAUAGCUGCUGGGUGUAAAAUGAAGAGCAGUGAUAAUGAAAAUCCUUCUGUAACAAUAAGGGAAAACCUGCUUCGGGCAGAGAUUCCCCUUUCCACUGCUGUCCCUGAGGCAGGCCAACCUAUCCUGCAAGAUGGAAGUAGAUAUUUCUUGGUUCUCAAUAACUUGGAGGUUCAAGAAGGUGGACGAGCCUUACUUGAACAAAGGCACAUGAAUGUGGAUGUGGACCUAGAGGAUCUGGGUAUCCGUCAGUCUCAGAUACUAUUUAAAAUACAGGAAAUACCCGUUCAUGGGUUCCUUCAGUUAGAUGUUUCUCCUGAGCAAGACACAGAGAAGGCUUUUUCUCUGUUAGAUCUGGAGCAAGGAAAAGUUUGGUAUGUCCAUAAUGGUUCGGAAGAACCUAGGGAUUAUUUCACAUUUUCAGUCUUUUUCAGCAGCAAGGAGGAAGUGCCACUAUACCAGCAAGGACAAGUUUCAUAUGUGUUUAACAUUAUCGUCAUUCCAGUAAAUGAUCCCCCAAACCUUAAGCUCCCUGAGGGAAGCCUGCUUCUCGUGUUUGAGAACUCUAAGAAGCAACUGACUCCAAGUAUCAUACAUGUGUCAGACCCAGACACAGAUUCCUUGAGUCUUAGCUUCUCAGUUCUUGGCAACUUCAAUUCAGAUGCUGGGUUUUUAGAAAACACCAAUGAUCCUGGGAGGCCCACUGCUGGUUUUACAUAUGGGGAUUUAAGAGAUGGCAAUAUUUUCUAUGUGCAUAGGGGUCAUCAGCACUCCCGGAUCCUUCUGAGAGCAACUGAUGGAGAGGUGGUUAGCAAUACAGUGGUGUUACGGGUCAUGGCAGUCCCUUGGGACUUUGAAAUAGCCAAUAAUACUGGUGUGGCUGUAGAGCAGGGUGGCACAGCUCUGAUUACACAGGGCCACUUGUCGGUGGAGGUUAAUGGUGAACGCCCUGAGGUAGAGACCCGCUAUCUUAUCACUCAUCCACCUCAGUUUGGCCAGAUUCAGAGGCAGGGGUCAAGUGGCGAGUGGAAACAAAUCAGCACCUUCUCUCAGCGUUCCGUUGAUCGGGGUCGGGUCCGGUACUGCAGCACAUUCAAGGAUUUGCAGCUAGAAAAUGUUACGGAUCACUUUAAAUUUCGAGUUAACAUAGAAGGAAAAAGCAGUGAAGAGCUGACAUUUCCUGUUACGGUACAAUGGCUGAGGUUUACCCUUCUGAAAAAUGUACCCCUUGAGAUCAGUAAAAUAAACAGGCACAUUCUGAAUUCUGAUCAUUUGCAGGCUGUGACAGAGGGUAUGGAAGUAGCUGAGAGGGAACUGCAGUUUAAGUUACUCACCACACCUAAGAAAGGAAAAUUGCUACUUGGCACACACGUUCUAAAAGCAAACUCAGUCUUCAGCCAACAAAACAUUACAGACUCUAAGAUAAGCUAUGAACCACAGGAGAGGCCCAGGGAACAUUCACAAGAUACUUUUAAGUUCCUGAUGGUUGCAAAGCAUAUAGAAUCAAAAGAUUAUACUUUCAGAAUAAAAUUUAAAGCAGAGAAGAAACGCAUUAUUUUAACGAACAGAGGGUUGUUUGUUAAAGAAGGAGAAGGGAAAGUCAUCACAAAAUCAGAAUUAUUUGCUCAAACUUUGGACAGUCAGACUUUCCAAUAUAAAGUCACCAAGAGUCCUCAACACGGGAAGCUGAAAUUGAUUCACUCUUCAGAUUCUCCAGGAGUUCAUGACAACAUCACUACGUUCACCGACCAGGACAUCUUGGGUGAGUGGCUGAUGUAUGUGCAUGAUGACUCUGAGACCGAGUAUGAUGAAUUCCUUCUCGUGGCCUCCACCACAGGACCAGGCCCAGAGGGAGUGGUGGGGGAUGGUGGCACGGAGUGUCUGUCUGCAGAAAUGAAAGUCACUGUUUCUGUGGGCUUGAAGAACGAUGAGAAACCAGUGCGUGUGGUAGAUAAGGUCUUUGAUGUUGUGCGGAAUGGCCAGCGCUUGUUGACCCUAGCAGAUCUCUGUUACCAUGACCCCGACUCAGAUUUUGAUGAUGGGCAGCUGCUCUAUACCCGGCGGGGCAUCCCCAAUGGAGACUUGGUGCGAGCCAGUGACCCCACCCAGAAACUCUACCAGUUCAGGCAAAAUGACCUGCGGGAAGGACGCGUGCUCUUCAGGCAUUGGGGUGCAGACUCAGCCCGCUUUGUGCUGUUUGUGACAGAUGGUGUCCAUUACACAUCGUCCCUCCUAGAGAUCAGUGUGUCAGAGCCCUAUGUCCGUGUAGCCAACAACACAGGGCUGCUGGUACAGAGAGGAGAGGAGAGCAGCCUUACAACAGCCAACCUUAGCGUCACCACAAACCAAGAUGUCAGAACAGACCACGAGAUUGAAUUCCACAUCCUGCAGCCCCCAAAGCAUGGCAUAGUGUUGGUCAACAGCUCAGGGCAAGGCCGGUUCUCCCUGCAUGAUCUGAAGCAAGGACAUGUGACUUACAGGCAUGGUGGCAGAAGCAGCUUUGAUGUGUUCAACCUGACAGUGAAAGUGAAAGAUGUAGAUUUAGAACUGGGUGUCUAUGUGCGAGUAGACUCGGAAAGCCACAAACAUCAUGCCCAAAUUCUGCACAGCAAGACCCUUGUAGUUGAAGAAGGAAAACCUGUAAAACUGAGCAGAGGAAGGCUCCAGGCUGUACACGAAGGUAACAUUCCUUCAGAGGCAACAUUCAUCGUUAAAGCUCUGCCAAAGCAUGGAUACCUCCGAAGAUCUUUGUCAGAAGAAGGUAGCUUAGGUGCAAAUGAAAAGUCCCCUUUGACUUUUACACAACAGGACAUUAAUGAUGGUUAUAUCCAUUAUGUACAGACAGCUCCUGACCAACAGCUGGACCGUUUUUUACUGGAUGUCGUGAAUGGCUUCGAAGCUGUGAGUAGAGUUGAGAUCUUGGUGGAUAUCAUUCCUAAGUGGAUUCCUUUGGAGGUACAAAAUUUCACAGUCCAGGAAGGUGGUUCCAAAGCCCUUCUGGAAGACUACUUCAAAAUUCCAAGCAAACAUUUCGAGAGACUUGACUGUGAAUUUGUUCUACUCAAACCACCAAAACACGGUUAUAUUGAAAAUUCUCAUUUUCCAAGAGUAGAGCUAAUGAAAUUUACCAGGAAACAGGUGGAAAAUGGAUUGAUUUCCUAUGUUCAUGAUGAUAGUGAGGACCUUCUUGACAGUUUUACCAUCUUUGCAAAUAGCUCAGAGCUCGGAAAACAGAGUGUGCCCCAAACUCUUUUUGUGACUGUCAAGUCAGUAAAUGAUGAGACUCCAGUAAUUACAGCCAAUAAAAUCCUUCAGGUGUGGGUGAAUUCUGUCACUGAGAUUACCAGUGGUGACCUCUGUGCAGAAGAUGCAGACUCCUCCCCGCGGGACCUUGCCUACUUGGUCUCUCCUCCCAGCAAUGGACAUUUGGCUCUUAAGUCCUUUCCUGGCCACAGCAUCCAGAACUUCACCCAAGCUGAAGUCAACGAGGGCCAGCUAGUGUUUGUACACACCGGAGCAAUGUCAGGAGGCUUUAAUUUUCAGGUUUCCGAUGGUUUGAACUUCGCGCCACGACAAAUUUUUAGCAUCACAGCUCGAGCUCUAGUCUUAAGCUUAGAAGUAAACAGAGGACUAAGCAUCUUUCCAGGUUCCAUGAAGCCCCUUUCAUCUCGUGACUUGAGAGCUGUGACCAAUGAUGUGGACAGUGCAGGAAAUAGAACCAUAACCUUUACGGUUGUAAGUUCCCCUAGACUUGGGAGGUUGGUGCGAGUAAAUUCUGACAACAGCACAGAGGAUGUUUCCGUAUUUACGCAGAAUCUGGUCAGUGAACAGCUGAUAUUAUACCAGCAUGUGGACUGGGAAAACACAGGCUGGACUGCAGAAGACUCUUUCAUGUUCACGGCAUCCUCCCCACCAGCAGAUCUAGGCCCAGAGGAAUUUCAUAUAACUAUUUCAUAUGAAAUUAAUGAGCCUGGUCGGCAGAGUCGUCUACUUGCAAAUACAGGAGCUGUUGUCAAGGAGGGAGACAGAGUUCUCAUUGACCAAUCUAAGUUAGAUGCUUCCAAUCUCUUAUUUAAAUUGCCCAAAUCUCAGCGCUCUUCAUAUGAAAUUUGGUUCCAAGUUACAUCUCUUCCUCACCAUGGAAGUAUUAUGGUUGGAGAGAGAAAUAUUACCCAAAGAAAACCCAAUUUCUCCCAGUAUAUACUUAAUAAUUUUGGAAUCACAUACCUUCAUGAUGACUCUGAAUCACUGGCUGAUAAUUUUACCUUUGCCGUUUGGCCCAACCAAAAGAGCAAGUCCACCACUAAGCCAGAGGCUGACUUUCUUGAAGAGAUGUUUAACAUCACCAUCAGUCCUGUAAAUGACCAGGCACCAGAAUUAAAGACCAAAGGGCUUCGGUUGAAAGUUCUGCAGGGCAAUAGGUUGGUUUUAGGACCUGAAAACCUGAAAGUGGAAGAUCAAGACAGUCCUCCAGAGGAGAUCAGAUAUACAGUCAUCCAUAAUCCUAACAAUGGCUUUUUGGCAAUGGCUCACCAUCUAGACACACCUGUUCACCAUUUCACACAAGCUGACAUUGAUGACUCUCAGGUGUGGUUCAUGCAGGAUGGAAGCCCAUCCUCCGGGGUGUUUUACUUUAGUGUGACCGAUGGCCAGCACCGCCCACUCUACAAGCUCUUCCACCUGGAUGUCAUUCCCAUCUCCAUCACCCUUGUUAACCUCACUGACCUGCUUCUCCCACAAGGCCAGACAACCAUCCCCAUCACCAGUGCUCACCUGUCAGCAAUGACCAAUGGGAGGAGCCCCAAAAUCACUUAUAGGAUAACCAGGCCCCUCCAACAUGGGUAUCUGCUCAUUGAAAACCAGGUGGUCAUCAGCUUUGGACAGGAGGAGCUGGAUUCAGGAAGGCUCUCUUACCACAUGACAAACCUGACUGCCUCAGAGGACCAGCUCCAGUUCUCACUGUUUACCUCAGAAAGCAACCUGACAGGACAGACACUGAGCAUCAGGGUGCAGCCUUUACUGUGGGUUACAUCAAACCUGACUGUUUCCAACAGAGUGGCCCAUCGGCUGAGAAGAAAGGACCUUGAUGCUACUGAGCUUGCUAAUAGGACUAACAGUGAUCCCGAAUUUGAAGUGACAGACCCCCCCAUCCACAGCAGACUUCUACGAAGAGUGGGCCAGGCCACCGUGAUGGAAGACACUACUCUAUUCACUCAGAGGGAUGUUGACCAAGGACUGCUGAUGCUCGAGCCACAUGCCAACCUAACAGGCACUGAUUGGCUGAACGACUCUUUCACUUUCUUGCUCAGGGCAGACCAUGUGCAGCCAGCGAUAGGCUGUCUUCCCUUCACCAUAGUGCCACCAGAUCCCUUUUUUUUGCAAACUUUUACACCUGAUGUUUCUUUAUUAGUCACUGCAGAUAACCUUGUGACCGCAGGUCUCUCUCAGGAAAAGCAUGUGGUUUCCUCAGGACCCACAGCACAGACAGGAACUCUGAGGAAUCUGACCCAGACCAGACGGCAGGAAGCUGAUCCCUGGCAACGACACAGUGGUAAAGAGCCCACUUUAGAUGGCAGGGCCUCUCCCACUAGAGCCAUUUGGCCACCAGAUGCCACUAAAGCCAGUGCUGGGACACCCACCCUGCCCAGAGAGAGUGGUCACUACUCUCUAAUGGUCAUCGUACCGUUGACUGCGGUGAUAUUCCUGCUGAUAGUAACUUCAGUGGCCUUGUGUGUCUGGCUGCUAGGCUGUAAAGUAGAAAAGGCGAAACCUCUUAUCAAGCCCCAGACCAAUCUAGAACCCACAACCCCAGGUGCUAGGCCAGAAAGGAGCAUAACUAUUCCUACUGUCACGGUGACACCCCUCCUGAAAAGCUCCAGCAGCCCUCCAGUCAGCAUUUUCAGGGCCCCACAAUGUGAGCACAUGGAAAAAUCUGUAGUCUCUGAGCCUGUGGAAAAAUGUGCUCCCUGGGAGCCGUGGGUGAAUCUGGAUCCCGACAUGGUCAAGCUCUGCCGACAAACCAACCCAACACUGAAGCACAACCAGUACUGGGUGUAGAUGGAGGGAAUUUGUUCUUUACUGACCACACAAAGGCAAAGAAAUGCUGGUGAGAUCAACUGAGAUAAGCCCAGCCCUUGGUGCUCAAUUGGAGAUCCAUGGUUAGAUGGUGGCUGGUGUUUAUUCUAACUUUGGACAACACUCAUCUUAUAGGCUCUCCACCAUGAGCUUUGUGUGCCCUCUUCUGGACCUGAUGCUCUGAGUGCACAUAAGAUUUUGUCACUAUUUAAACCCUUUACCAAGGUGGCCAGACUGUGGAUUAACAUGGGAGUUAGAGUUAAUGGAGGAAGGCUUUGAAUAUUUUUCACCGACGAUUCACUCUCAGAGUGAGUCAGCGAGGAAGUGCAGGAACUGUUUCAGCAAGUCCAAGAGGUAAUUUAUCAAGUCAGUGAAUAUGUUUCUAGUGUUUUUCUGUAGUGACUUUUCCUCCUUGGAGGCUCUAGCUCUGACUUCCUAAUGAAGGAAAUGCUUGGGUGCUCCAGAUAAUGGGACAGUCUCCCCUCCUUUGAAGGUAUUUGUGAACACAUUGCGUCUAGUCUGAUUUGUAACAUCAAGCCUGUAGGACCAGUUUUAUGUGAAGUCCAAGGAAUAGAAAAGUUUGUUGAAUACUUUUGUGAUGCCUCAAUUUGGCUUAACUUUACAAUGAAUCAAAAUAGCGUCAGAUUUAUAUUUAACUUGCCCUGUUGAGCCUCCCAUUGGCAGACUCAGUUUCAGUUUCCAUAACUGCAAAAUGGAGAUAGCAGUACUUGUAUUGUUAGGAAUGUUUUGGAUAGCAAAUCACAAGAUAUCUGCUACAUGUAGGCCUCAGGUUGGGGAUUGGCAAACUUGUUCUGUGCAGGGCCACAUAGGAAAAAUAUUUCAGGCUUUGUGGGCUACAUAUGGUUAUUUUAAAAAAAAUUUUUAAAUGUAAAAACAAUUCACAGUUCCUGGAUGUGACCCACAAACCAUAGUUUGCCAGUCAUUGGUAGAGCUGAGCAAUAAAAGUAUUGAAUUAUUUUAAAUAAGCAGCCUGAGGUGGACAUUCCAAGGCUGGUUCAACGGUUCAAAGACCUCAUGGAGGACUGACGCUCUUUUGUUCUUUCUGCAUUACCUUCCUUGAGCUAUUGGCACUUAUUUCAUCCUUUUGUUUAGUUCCUUAUGAUUGUGAGAUGGCUGCUGAAGCCCCAAGCAAUACAGUCCCAUUCAAAGGCCAAAAUCCUAGUGGGGGGAAAAGAGAGAUAUCAAGAAGACUUAGAGAGGAUCUUAUGUAUUAAUAUUUUUUAAAAUCUCGAGGCCUUCCCAAACAUUUCCUCCCUUUUACAUCUCAUUGUCUAGAACCAGGCAACGUGAUUCCUGUACCUUAACCACCAUUGGCAAAGAGAGAUGGAAUUCUCAUGACUGACAACUCUUCUGGGGCUGGGAGAGGAUUCUGCCAGGUCAGAGAUCAAUGAAUAAUCAGCCCACUGUGUAAUUAGGAAAGUAUGGGGAAUGGCAACUAGAUAGGCAAAGAGUAGGAUCAACUGAAAUAUUCUUUGAGUUUUGAAAUACUUGGGCAACACAGCUUUUGAUCUUUCAAAUUGGUAUCUACUUUAAUAUUGCCUUUCUGUAUUUUAAUGAUUUUCUUAAAGCCAGUGUUUCUAAGGUGGGGGGAGAAAUUUCCCCCUAGGAGGCAUUUGGCAAUGUCAGGAGACAUUUUGGGUUUUCACAACUGGUGCUGUGGCAUCUAAUGAGUACAGGCCAAGAAUGCUGCUGAAUAUCCAACAGUUCACAAGACAACCCCCACAACAAAGAAUUACCUGGCCCAAAAUGUCAAUAAUGCCAAGGUCGAGAAAUCCUGGUUAAAGCCAGAAUGAAGAGUUUUCUUGUAUACCCAGUGAAGAAUUCAUAAACCCAUUCCCAAAUUUAGGCAAAAACUGUAUCCUGAAAACAGAAUGGAAGAGUGAAAAUCUCAUAGUAUGUUUGAAAUUGUGAUUGGCUAAUGGUAUCCAUGAAGUUUUUUUUUUUUUUUGAGAAUGUAUUAAAAAUGAAAUAAAACUU